GAGAAAACUGUAAAGAUAACAGCAUCUCUUACUGGGCGCAGAGACGUCCUAUAGCCAACUCACCAACAGACAGAGAAGACAGUGAUCAAGGGAUCAGUUGGUUAUGAAAUGGAUUGCAAUUUAGUUGGAUUCCUAAAGUUUCGCUUAUAUGAUUGAAUUGAAUGUAAAGAGCAGUGGUAACCUUAUAUUUGGAACUUCACAUCAGACGUUUCGAAUACAAAGCCAGCGUACCGGUGAGAUACGUUUGAUAACUAUGAGUGGUUUGCAAAGGAUAUGGACUGUAAAUAAUUCGUUUUGAUACGUUUGAAAACGCGGUAGAGCCAUUCAUUUAGUGAUCAUUUCAAGUUCGCCGGUCAAGACCAAAACCUCUGGAAUUGUGUUUUAGAUGAGAAAUUGACUAAUAGUGAGUUUUGACAAAAAUUACCCAAGCCUAACAGGGCUGGAGAUUAAGCAAAUAACAUAAUAUCUGCAAUAAUCAUUAGCUCUUGACAGCAACAUCUUUUGGAAUGCAAAAACUACAUGGACUGUUUUGGAUUACCGUAAUUUGUGCAUCAAUCAUCGUUCCAUGUGUAUUCCCAGUGGCGCAUAGUAGGAUCAUUACCGUGAUACUUGUGAAGUAGCCUAACCCUCUAAUUUUGCGCUCUGUAUUCAGGAACCACAAUUCCUUUCCAGCGUGCUUUGGAAUUACAGUCUCAAAAAUAGAAAAUGAGAAGAUAUAAUCUCACACUGGCUUGUUUAAUGGCUUGCAUACUUUCAAUCCGCGGUACCUUGGGGACAACGCGGGCGCGCAUAACGGGGGCAGAGACUCAAACCGUCACCCAGGAGUCGUGCGCAUCGUGUGGGUUGCCGGAGGCGUCAGAACGGGUGGACAUAGACCUUCUGGAGGCAGUUAAGAGGCACAUCUUGAACAGGUUACAAAUGAGAGAAAGACCCAACAUCACUCAUCCUAUUCCCAAGGCUGCAAUGGUAACAGCGCUGAGGAGGCUUCACGCCGGUAAGGUACGGGAAGACGGGAGGGUUGAGAUCCCCAACCUUGAUGGACAAGCUUCCUACAGUAACGAGGUGCAAGGGGAGACGUCGGAGAUAAUCAGUUUUGCAGAAUCAGAUGAGCUGGCUUCAUCUCAAGCCUCUAAGUCCAGCCUCCACUUCCUCAUCUCCAGUGAAGGGAACCAGAACCUGCAUGUGUCUCAGGCCAACCUGUGGCUCUACUUCAGGCUGCUGCCCACCGGCUCCGAGAAAGGGCCUCGACGGAAAGUCACAGUUAAAAUCCACUACCAUGAAGCAGGAACUGGAGCUUCAGGUGGAGCCAGGGGAGGAACUGGGCCAGGGGCAGGGGGAGGAGGUCGGUGGACCCUACUGGAGAAGCGUGUGGACCUAAAGCGCAGCGGCUGGCACACCUUCCCUCUGUCAGAGGCAGUGAGGGCCCUGUUUGGUAAGGGUGGCCGGCGGCAGGACCUGGAGGUGCGUUGUGAGGGCUGUGAGGCAUUCAACGUGGUUCCUAUCUUAGUUGACCCAGCAGAACCCUCACACAGGCCCUUUCUGGUGGUCCGGGCACGACAGGUGGAAGGGAACCACCGCAUCAGGAAGAGGGGGCUGGAGUGUGACGGGAGCAGUGGAGGCCUGUGCUGCAGACGACAGUUCUACAUAGACUUUCGCCUCAUUGGCUGGAACGACUGGAUCAUCGCACCCGCGGGUUACUACGGUAACUACUGCGAGGGAAGCUGCCCGGCGUACAUGGCGGGGGUACCGGGGUCGGCGUCAUCGUUCCACACGGCGGUGGUCAACCAGUACCGGAUGAGGGGCAUGAGCCCCGGCUCGGUCAACUCCUGUUGUAUCCCCACCAAGCUCAGUACCAUGUCUAUGUUGUACUUCGACGAUGAGUACAACAUAGUAAAACGAGACGUGCCCAAUAUGAUAGUGGAAGAGUGUGGCUGUGCCUGAGUGUCUGUGACUUCUUAAACUUUGAAAGUUAAAUCAAACGACGAUAGUCAAAAUGUCUUGUACAAAAAUACCUUUUUGUAUGACACACAUAUAAAUAUAUAGUUAUAUGGAAGCACACCAACAGGGACACACAAACAAGAUGUAUUUAUGGUCUGUUGUAUUUAUCUGGCUGAGCGAGGCCAGGUUCUGUCCAUUCCAUAUUAAGAACUUAAGAACGGUUCCAGAGUUUUGGGAAGAGAAGGAAAUGGUUGAUCACCAAAUGAUAACAUUUUUCUAGUUUGCCAUUUCUAGAGGAAAAAUAAUGGUCCUUCAUCUCUUCUCUGAUGAAGAUGGAAAGAAAAGCGCUUAAGGAAGCAGCACACCAGGACAUUGACAAAACAAAAGCACUGACAAUGACAAUUCAUCAGCUUAUAUAAUUCAGAAACACCAGCACUUCCAUAAAGAAUGUCAUAAAGACACUGUGACUGUCUGAUCCUGUGGAAUUAAAACAUAAACUGUAUCAGCAAGCGCUUAUUAUUGAAUAAAGCUUUUCCAGGACUACACUCCUGUCCAAGUGAGGUAAUGACACAACACUGACAUAUUGUUGUUGACAUUGGACCACGUUCCUUCCUCCUGCUUGUGUAAGUGUCUGUCUGUCUGUCUGUCUGUCUGUCUGUCUGUCUGUCUGCCUGUCUGUCUGUCUGUCCGUGACCAUGCUGCAAGCAAUCGCUCACUGAGUUCAAAGGUGAAGAUGGACCUUUGUGCAAACUGCACAACAUACACUUAAUCCUGAGAACAGAGAGUCCCCACUGCCCCUACUUGUUCUGAUAAAGUGGACCUCGAAGUGGUGAUGAGUUUUUUGUUUGGGCCCAACAGGGCAUGAUGUUGCAGUACAGCACUUGCAGACUAAACUCUUUAAAUGCACACUCCCACUCCUAAUAGCACUUGCAUAUUGAAAUGCCUUCAAAGUGGUACUGAGUGUCCUGUCAUAAAUAAGUGCCACAUGAUCUAUGCAAUGUAUAGUAACCCACCCAUGCCCACCCAUACAACUGAACAUACCAGACUGAACUUUCUCCUCCUAUGCUAAUGUAACUCCUAUCAAAUACUUGAAAUGUGAUCUUUCGCUUCCGUUUUUUCAAAGCGAAUGAUUUUUAUGACAUUUGCACUGAAAAGUCGCGGGAUUAGUAAAUAAACAAACUGCCAUUGAAAAGUUAUUUUUAUAGAAGUAAAUUGACAUUUUUUGUUUAAUAAAGUAAUUUACCUACACAGCAAAUUCUCCAGUGUUAAAUCCACACUGAGAGUGUUAAAUUAACACUGACUGUGUUGGUCCAUAUCGGCACUGGAACCGUGUUAAAUUAACACACUGAUAAGUGUAAAGCCUAAUUUCCCAGAAUCCCUUGCCUUUUGAGUGAAUUAUAGAAUUACCACUCCUGACUGUCUGUUAGUUGACAGAGACAUGUUUGUUGCAUUCAUCCAUUUUCAGUCUUAUGGACUUCAGCAAGUGAGAUCCUGAGGGAAUAUUUGAUUAAAAUUGUAUUAUUUAACACAAUACAAGAAGUAUUUCAUAAGGCCUUAUUUUCAGGGACUACACUCUAAACAUAACAAUUAACUCUAUGCAUGUUGAAUUAACACUUAUUGGUUUAAAAUAGCACCCAGUGUUGGUGUUAAUAACCAGAGUUUUACCAAAACUAUGCUCAUCAUUAUUAUAUUUCCCAGCAUGUCUAUUGCAGGUUCAUUUUAAUAAUUGUUUGUUUCAAUAUCUAUGUUUUUCCAUGUACAUUAAUUGAUUGAUUAAUCCUAUGCUUCUCAAACAUAAAUGAGAUACAUUUUCUAAACUAAUUCAAUAUUUUACUUGGAUUUGUUGCACCUGUUACUGAAAUGGUUGUUCCAGUUUAGAUGCUUUAGGUAGUGUCAUAUUUCAGUCUUCCCAACCCUGGUAGCAUAUGAUAAAACAUUCUGAACGUUGGAUAUCCCCACUCUGGCUAGAGUUCAAUCAGAAUUACACAGCAUUAUACAAGCCAGCAUAAUGUGACAGGUUGCAUGAAUAAGGCAAAAAUGUUGGGUUGUUUGGAUUACCCAACAUGGGUUAAUUUAACCAUGAAUUUAGUUUUUAUUCACCUUCAUGCUGGGUUGACCAAACAGCUCUGUCUUUUUUUAUGUAAUCUAUCGGUUAUUUUCAGGAGGCGGGACUUAUUAAGGGCAUGGCUUUUAGAAAGUUAUUUUUGGCCAUGUGAGAUCAAAUGUAAUUCCUGUUGAUAAUGUAAGUUUGUACACUGCAAUGUAACAUUUCUAUAAAUAUUAUUGUACAUUACAUAUUCUAAUACAAAAAUCAUAACAUUAUGAAUUACAUAUAGCAAGAAAGUGUUAACUAUCCUAUUGGGGAAAUCACAUUUCUUUUCGCUUCAUUAAAGCUACCAAAGUGUUAGUGUUCAACCAUAACAGGAAAUAACAAUUGAACAGAACAGAUUAACUGGAAUUACAUUUACUCUCAUGGGUGGCCAAAAUAAAUAGCUGAAAGUCACGCCCCUAAAAAGCCAAGCCUCCAUGUCUUGUGAUCUGACCUGCUGGGUCAUAUCUCAAUAAACAAGUGUCAAUAAACCAACCUUGGUCUUAAUUUUUUUUAGAACAUAACUAAGUGACCCAAUGCCUGCAACCCUGCCAUUGGUUCAUGCAAACAAGCCAGUAUUCUUUUGUUUAUGUCCUCAAAAUAAGGCCUCAUGAAAUACAUAUUGUAUUUUUUAAAUAAUUAUAUUUUAAUGGUGGAAUUUUAAUUUCGGAGUUCACUUGGUUAAGACCACAGGACUGUUAGUGAAUGAAUGCAACAAGCUUGUCUGUCACUAACAAAUUCAGUCAUGGGUGGUAAACUCCACAAUUCACUCAAAAUGCGAAGCACUCUGGGAAAUAUGCAAAUCAAGCUUUACACUAAGCAGUGUGUUAAUUCAACACUGCUCAGUGUCUAUACGGGUCCACACUUUCAGUGUUAAUUUAACUCUGGGGAAUUUGCUGUGUAAUAAUGGAACCAAAGAGGCCAAGAUUAUUUUAGCUUGAUCAUAAGAGGCCUAAUCUACAUAUCAGGGUACACUAUGAUGAUUCCAUUUCUUAGUUCUAUUAUUUCCUUUCUCUAUCUAUUUUGUACAAUAAACAUGUGGAACACUUAAUUUUUCAUCUUUAAUUCUAUUUUUUCAGUUUUUCUAUUUAAUAAAAAUAUAUUUUUAGUUCCUGUUUCCGAAAUAAUUUAGUCGUGUAAAUGUCAUCUGUACAGUUUAUGUAAAAUAAAAUGUGUUUCCUUAAAAUAUUUUGUAACUUUAAAAUAAAUUCUUAC